UCAAGCCCACUGUCAGUCACGUGGUGUCUGGUAAAGUCCCUCCCACCGCUCGCGCUCUGACUCGUAGCCGUUGCCUAGGAGCGCCUGAGAGCGCAGUCAUGUUCCCCAAAGGGAAAAGCGCGGCGGUGCCGUCGGACGGACAAGCUCGGGAAAAGUUGGCGUUGUAUGUGUACGAGUACCUGUUACACGUCGGGGCUCAGAAAUCAGCACAGACCUUCUUAUCUGAGAUCAGAUGGGAGAAGAACAUAACGCUGGGAGAACCACCAGGCUUUCUCCACUCGUGGUGGUGCGUAUUUUGGGAUCUCUAUUGUGCUGCGCCAGAAAGAAGGGACAACUGCGAACACUCCAGUGAAGCCAAGGCUUUCCAUGACUAUAGUGCAGCGGCGGCUCCGAGCCCCGUUCUGGGAAACCUGCCACCCGGAGAUGGCAUGCCAGGUGGGCCGAUGCCCCCCGGAUUCUUCCAGGGUCCAACUGGCUCUCAGGCUUCACCUCAUUCACAGCCUCCACCUAACACUAACAUGAUGGGAGCUCAUGGACAGCCGUUUAUGUCCCCACGUUACACAGGAGGACCUCGGCCGCCCAUCAGGAUGACUAACCAGCCUCCUGGAGGUCAACCUUUACCUCCGAAUGUAAUAGACCCCACACGGCCUCCAGGACAUCCGAAUCUGGGCCCCAUGCAGAGGAUGAACAUGCCUCGAGGGAUGGCACCCAUGGGACCCGGACCACAGUCAGAUCCGUGGUUAUCGUUGCAGAACUACGGAGGUGGGAUGAGACCUCCAAACUCGAUGGGCUCCAACAUGCCAGGAGUCAACAUGGGACCAGGAACCGGUCGACCGUGGCCUAAUCCCAAUAACGCCAACACGAUUCCGUAUUCGUCUUCCUCUCCGGGCUCGUACGUGGGUCCACCAGGAGGCUCAGGAGGAGGCUGCCCACCAGGAACUCCCAUCAUGCCAAGUCCAGCAGAUUCGACUAAUUCUGGUGACAAUCUGUACACAAUGAUAAACUCCGUGCCACCAGGAGGGAACAGGUCCAGCUUCCCGUUAGGUCCAGACGGCCCCAUGGGAGGGAUGGAGCCUCACCACAUGAACGGCUCGUUAGGCUCCAGUGAUCUAGACGGGCUUCCCAAGAAUUCUCCCAAUAACCUGAGCAGCCUGAGUAACCCGCCCGGCACGCCGCGGGACGACGGAGACUUAGGAGGCAACUUCCUGCACACUUUCCAAAACGAGAACUAUUCCCCGACGAUGACCAUGAGCGUGUGAUCGGCGUCACGGCUCGCUGGCGGCUCGACGACACACCAAGAAAAUCCGCACACAGCCAGAGAGUGACUUCAGUCUCGCAGCAGCGAGACAUCCAUCAGAUUAACAGCCCUGACGUGUAGCGCCACGCGUCCGACACGGACGUCACCACUCGCUCGUCUCAGCUGAGCGCUUCUCUUUUCUACAGUCAUGUUUUCACCUUCGUUUUUUAAAUUAUUAUUACUAUUAUUAUUAUUAUUAUUACUACUAUUAUUAUCUUCAUCAUCUUUUAUCGGAAAGUCAGAAGACGUGUUGCUCACGAUGUCGGCUGGAUCUUUAACUGAAAGAGUUUAAGGAAACAAACUGAAACGAAAUGAAAGAACCGGACAGAAUUUUUUUUCCGUAACAUUCCUGCAGAGUUUCAGCCGCGUCUUCGUCCACGACGUCGACGCCGACGACUUCGGCGACGCUUUAACUCCACGUUGAUGUCAAAUAAAGCCGAUUUUUCCACACGGGACAGACAGAGGACCGUCGGGAAACGUUUUUCUUCCUUUAUUUAAGGGUUUAUUUUGCCAACUUUAUACACACACACACACACACGAAUACACACACAAACACACACGCGCACACACACAUGCACACUUAAACACACACACAGAGUAGUCAGACUUUUGUGUUUUAGAGUUUUACAAUUAUUGACUUUUAUAGUCUUGUGAUUCGGCUCGAUUUAUUUUGCUCACCGUCUUUAAUUAAGAAUCGAUUUUUUAAAUUUUUUUUUUUUUUUUUUUACUUUUCCUGCCGCUUGCUAACGAGUUAUCUAACGAGCGUCUGUAGUCUAGAAUCGCUCGUCUUUAAUCGGGUCUCGUCUCAGAUUCACCGGAUUAUUUCCCGUGUGUUCAGGAGCCAGUCGAACACGACUGCUGGUGGUUCAGUCACUGUUACAUCACAGAAACCCAACACUUCCUGUCCGGGGUUUUGUUUUUGUAGCUGAUUAGGUCACAAUCUUGCAAUCAGACCGUUAAUAUCCUCCCACUUUAACUCUUUCAUGCCGCUCUGUUACACAACAGGAGUAAAACUAUAAUAUUUACUAUAAGGAUUUGUAUUUUUCACUUCAGGAUCAUUAGUGAUUAGUUAAUGGUGGUUAACUUCAAAGCUCCUUAAUACAAAUAUGGACUAAAAACUAGGGAUGUACCGAUACCAGAGUUUGCCAAUAUCGGCCGAUACCGAUCCGAUAUCUGUGUUCUUUUCUACCUUUAACACUAAAGAAUGUAAACAACACGUUUAGUUAUUAAGAUUUAUUUGUUUCUGGCAAAGAAAUACAAAAAUGCCCAUUUUACUGGAUGAAAAAUGAAAACACAAUAAACCUAAAAAAGUAUUAAUGCAGCAGCAAACAGAACUUUAAACAGUUAGUGGUAUAACAAUCUAAACCAUAUGUACUGCAAUUAUUUUCUGAAGAAAAGGCAAUACUUUAAAGUGAAUCUUAUAUUAAAACUCUUGAAACACGAUGUAAAGUGUAUUAAACAGUAAACCUCACACCCGAAUGAGCCACAUGUUUAACGCGCUGAGGUCAACGGAAAGGACGCCUGCUAAACCUGUCUGUCUGUCGCAGGCGGUUGUGCGACAUAUUACCUAUAACAUUUAUUAUAUUUAUUUACAUUAAUGUAAUUUAAUAUACAAGUGUAUUUUUCUUAUAAGUUCAAGCAGUAGUUAGUUAAUUGACAUUAUUCAACCACCACGGACACGGGCGUCGGUAGUAAAUAAAAAGUGGGCGUGUCCUGCCCCACCCACACAUAUAAUGGUUCCGACGCCCAUGGAUUUCAGGCAGCAGCAGCGUGGUCAGUGCUGUAGGUAAAACACGGCAUGGAGUUUCAUUUAUUAGGACAUUCCUCAAGCGGAAUGGAUUCGACUGGCGGCGCUCUGAAAAGUGCGAUACUCAUGACCACGGGUAUCGGGUUUGGAUCGGUCGCGCACCACCGAUACCCGAUCCACUCAAAAUGCUUGGAUCGGCGCCGAUACCGAACCAAAAUAUCUGAUCGGUACAUCCCUACUAAAAACAAUGAAAGUUAAAUGACAAAUUACUAAAUUCGUUCAGUAAAAAUGUCAAUUCUGACCUACUGUUAAAAGUUAAACAGCUGGCUAUAAAAACUCAAAUUUCUGUAAUUAAUCUAAUCGACAUUUCCACAGAAUAAAUUUAUUAUUAUUAUUAUUAUUAUUAUGAAAACAUCAGCCAAUUAUUUCUAGCCAGAUUAUUUACCCGUUUGAAGCUCAUCUCGCUCUACUGACAGAUCUUUAAGUAUAAAGUCUCUCUAAAAAAAAGAUGCAAAAUUACAAAUCAAACGAAAAGAAAAUGACAUGCAAUUUUUUGUCCCCCUCGUCAUCGGUAGAGAGAAUAAUUUGUCGUGCUCACGUGUUAACGACGUGUUACAUUAUAAAUCUGCACGCGUGUGACGAGCGUCUGUUUGUCUCAGAACGACACGGUUCCUCUUUACUCCGUGUAAAGUUACGUUUAUACGUCACCGUGCAAAAGUUCCAGGCAGGUGUGAAAAAAUGCUGUAAACAAAGAAGGCUUUCAAAAAUGGAAGUGUUUAAUAUUUAUUUUCAUAUAGGAACAAAAGAGAAAUCUAAAUCUAAUUAAUAUUCGGUGUGACCAGCGUUUGCCUUCAAAACAGCAGCAAUACUUCUAGCUACACUUGCACAGAGUUUGUGAAGGAACUCGGCCGGUAGGUCGUUCCACACAUCUCGGAGAACUAACCACAGAUCUCCUGUGGAUGUCGGCUUUCUCACAUCCUUCUGUCUCUUCAUGUGAUCCCAGACACACUGGAUGAUGUUGAGAUCAGGGCUCUGUGGGGGUCGUGCCAUCGCUUCAUGCUGGUUUGAAGGCAGAAGGCAGUAACACCGAAUAUUGACUUGAUUUAGAUUUUUCUCUCGUUCACUUUGCAUUUUGUAAGUUGACAGAAAUAAACAUUCAUUAAUUAUAUUUCUGAAAGCGUUCUUUGUUUACACCAUUUUUUCACACCUGACUAAAACCUUUGCACAGUUCUGUACGUCGCUCCGUCAUCGGCUUCUCCGUUUCCUGUGUAAAAAGACAGAUGAGAAAUCACGGCUUCACCUCGGACGUCGUAGACGACUCUUACCGCUUCCACAAAACCUUCUUAAACUCGUUACUAUGGAAGCCACACCUCCUCCUCUUCUGACCAAUCAGAAUGCAGAAUUCAGGCAGGAAACGGGUUUAAAUUUGGGUUUUAUUAACGACUCUCUUCUCAGGAGACCGAAUGGUUUUUGGGUUUUUUCCUUGACCGAACCGAUCUCACGGCUUUUCCCUACGGCGCGUUUAAAUCUGAUCUGUUUUGAUAACUUUAUAAAAAGAAAAAAGAAAUCAGUUUGUUUUACAUCUCAGAUAUCUGCUCUGGACACACACACACACACACACACACACACACACACACACACACACACAGACAUACACACAGACACACACUCACAGACACACACACACGUUGCUGUAUAAUAUUUUUCUGCUCUGUUUAUUGUUUACGUUGUUCCUCAGAAGCACAGCUACACUGAAACGAUGACUGAUUAAAUUAUUUUAUUGCCCAUGAAACUGAUCACGAAUGCAAACCUUCUUUCUGCCUCUUCUCAAAAUAAAGGUGUAUAAACAGA